AUGUCAAUCUAACAAUAUUAAUUUAAGAAUAUCAAGAUUGAUAUUCUACUUAACUUCACACAACUAUAGCCUAAACAGGUUCAAAUUCAAAUGUCCUAUAAGGAUUCAACUGAGUAGAUUUAUAAAAUUACAUAAAACUCAUUUGACUUGUAAAAACAAUAAAAUCAAUGGAUAACUAAUUAUAAGGCUGUUUUUCAAUUUCAUAAAUUUUAAUGUUAUCAUCUUGAUAUUAGCAUCAAUGAGAAUGUGUCAGUUGGUUCCAUUUAAGUAUUCAUCUCUUUAAAUUAUAGUUUUAAUUGGGUGAAUUAUUACAAAAAGGAACUUUAGUUAAAACUAAUAAUCAUUUCACUAUUAAUCUAGAGGCAGUAUUAUUAUAAAAAGGAACUCUAUUAUUUUAACAUUGGGCUGCUGAAAAAUUAUUAAAUACAGAUGGAAUAUUCGGUAAAUCAGAUCCUUUUCUAAAAUUUUAUUAAUGGGAUGAUGAUCAAUGGAAUUUAGUUUAUGUAACAGAAUAUAUUCAAAACAAUUUAAAUCCUACUUGGAAUUCAUUUUCUAUUGAUAUGGGUCUUUUGAAUUUUUAUGAUGAAUACAAAAAGUUUAAAAUAGAAUGUUUUGAUCAUUCCGAUAAGAAUCCACCAAAUCAUAAAUAUAUUGGAUCUAUUGAAUUAUCAUAUUUUGAUAUUUUGUAAUCUCCAAAUAAAAAAUUUGAAUUAUCAAAUCCAAAUCAUGUAAUUCAAAAUAAUAAUUAUUAGAAAUUCUGUGGAAUCUUAAAAUAAUUAUCUAUUUAAAUUAAAUAAAAAGAUAAUUUUUAUACUUGGCUCUAAAAUAAAUAAAUACAAACAUUAAUUUUUAUGGAAUUUAGUAAAAGCUCCUAUAAUCUACAUCAAACUAAGUCUUACGAUCAACUUAACAUUUUUUAAUAAAUUCUUAUCAUUAUUGGACCCAUUCUGAUCUAAUAUAAUAAAUAAAAUACAGCCUCAUUGUAUGGUUUUGGUGGGAAUAUCCAUGAAAAUAAUGAAGAAUUGUAAUUUCUACUUUUGAUUAUAUGACUAGUUUUUAAAUUUCCAAUUAAUAAAAUGGGAUUCAAUAAAUUUGUCAUGACUAUUCAAAUUGCCGUAAAUAUAUCCCCAUUUAAAAUAAUAUUUAAAUAACCCCUUGCUUAUUCGAAAUCAUUAAGUAGACAGAAAUUUUUAAACCUAACUUUACUAUUGGAAUAAUCUUAAUUUAAAAUUAAAUUUAAGAUGUUGAUAAAUUUAAACAAUUUUUAGAAAAUUGUAAUAUUUUAUUUUUUAAUUUUAGAAUUAAUCUUGCCAACUAUCAUUAUUUUCAUUACACUAGAAGAAAACUUUGUAGAAAUUCAUAAUAUUGUGAAUAAUGAUUUAAAUCUUAGCAAAGUUAAAUCUAUUUAAUUGAAAUAAUCAGAUGUAUAAGGUAUUCACUAAAUAAAGGAUGAGAUAUUAUAAAUGAUUUCUAAUGAAAUCGAAUAAUUUUAUGGUCUGAAUUGA